GCUUUCCAUGGAAAACCUCUACUCGGGUGACUAUAAAAAGGAGAUAGGCAGCGAGAGACGAACAUUUCAAUUCAAAUUGAGAAAAUGGAGGCGAGCGGUGAAGAAAGAGCAGUAGGAGGAGAUUUAUACGAAUUACCAGAAGGAUGUGUAGCAAACGUCCUGUCAUUUACUGGUCCUGCAGACGUAGGCCGGUUAUCAAUGGUCUCUUUUACAUUUAAGUCGGCAUCUGAAUCCGACGCCGUUUGGGAAAGCUUUCUUCCUAAUGACUACCAUUCUAUUAUUUCCUCGUCUUCUAGUUCUUUUCUCCUGUCUUCUUCUUCUUCUAAAAAGGACCUUUAUCUCCGUCUCUGCGAUUCUCCUAUCCUCAUUGACGAUGGCAAGAAGAGCUUUUCACUUGAUAAAUUGAGCGGAAAGAAAUGUUACAUGCUCUCUGCAAGGGACCUCAUGAUUGUAUGGGGGGACACUCCUAGAUAUUGGAGAUGGACUUCGGAACUCAAGUCCAGAUUUGAAGAAGUGGCUGAGCUUAUAGGUGUGUGCUGGCUUGAAAUCUGUGGAAAAAUUAGUGCUCGUAUGCUGUCCCCAGAAACACUGUAUGCAGCUUACUUUGUGUAUAAGACAACAGCAGGAGCCUAUGGAUUUGAUCACCAGCCUGUCGAAGUUACAGUGGGACUCGCAGGAACUGAAGGCUGUAAGCGAAGUGUUUAUUUGGAUGCUGAAAGAGAGAGGCAGCAGCGAUACCAAAUUGUCAUCAGGCGGAUUGGGUUAUUCAGCCACAGCCGUGCUUUGGGUUUGCAAGCCCCUGUACCAACCAGAGAGAACAAUGAUGGCAUGCAUCCACAGGAAAGAGAAGAUGGGUGGUUGGAGAUUGAAUUGGGUACCUUCUUUAACAAGGAAGAUGAUGAUGGGGAUUUGGAAAUGAAAGUUCUCGAGGUCAAUGGUGGUGAUUGGAAGGGCGGGCUUAUUGUUCAGGGCAUAGAUAUCAGGCCGAAACCAGGGGGAAAUAUUCAAAACAAAUUAGCGAUUGAAGCUUAAGCCCUUUUAUUUUCCAAUUAAGAUCUUAUUGCUGUCUUACUAUAUUAUAGCAGGGUACAUCAAAGCAAGAGUCUAAGGCCAUCUUUGCCAAGUGCAUUCUGCUGGUGGCGAUUCAGCAUUGGGUGUUUUUGAAGUUUUGCUUUUUUUGUUAUUUAUUUCACAUUCUUAGUGAGAUAUAUAUAUAUAUUGUAGUGUAUCUAAUUAAGGGCCAACUUUUGGCAUAGCUUAUAGAAGUUGAUUUCAGCCAA